AUGCGCAACGUGAGAAAUGUGCGUCUCGCCGAGACACAGCUUGAGGGCGAGCUUCCUCUUACAGCAACUGCAUGGGAUACUUCGUCUGAUGCAGUGGUGUGCACCUUUGGUCCCGCUGAGAACAAUGCAAUCAUCGAGGUGCGGCGAAAGCGCCCCGAGAUCACCUCAACAGACCCUCUCAGCCCGGAGGCAUUCGAAUGCAUUGCGUCUUGGGAUGCUCCAUGCCCUCUGCCAGACCUGGCGUGUGACCGUGUCCUUUCUCUGCAUUACUUUGCAGACAACCUGACUACUUGCCUGGUGCUAGAGGGAGGCGAUAUCGUGGUUGUGCGUGAAGAGCCUCUGCCUGGUGAAGAUAAGAUUGAAAUUGUUGGUUCCGUCGACGUGGGUAUUACAGCUGCUGCAUGGUCUCCUGAUGAGGAGCUCCUAGCUCUCACCACCAGAGCCCAGACUUUCCUUUAUAUGACCAGAGAGUUCGAGAAUGUCGCCGAUAUUACCUUUACUCCGAGUGACAUGCAAGCUUCACAGCAUGUGUCGGUAGGAUGGGGUAAGAAAGAAACACAGUUCCAAGGAAAGAGAGCCAAGGCUCUUCGAGACCCGACUGUACCCGAGAAGAUUGACCAAGGAAUUCUGAGCAGCCAUGACGACGGUUGCACCACUAUUACCUGGCGAGGAGAUGGAGCUUAUGUCGCCGUGAACAGCAUUGAGGCUGGUACUCGCCGCGCUAUCAGAGUGUACUCAAGAGAGGGUACUCUGGACAGCGUGAGCGAGCCGGUUGAUGGACUCGAAGGCGCCCUCAGCUGGCGUCCGUCCGGAAGUCUUCUCGCAGGAAUUCAACGGGUUGAUGACCGUAUUGACGUGGUCUUCUUCGAACGUAAUGGACUUCGCCACGGCGAGUUUUCUCUCCGUAUCACCAAUGCCGAGACAAAGCCAUGGACUUCUCGUAUCCAUCUUGCUUGGAACGUCGAUUCAACCGUUCUCGCUGUCAAGUUCCAAGACCGCAUUCAACUUUGGACUACCGGGAAUUACCACUGGUAUUUGAAGCAAGAAAUCCCAAUUGUUGUUGAUCCCUCCUACUCGCAUCCGUUCUCUCUCGAAUGGCACCAAGAGAAGGCACUCCGAUUCGUUGCUGGCUCCGCAGGCUGCAUCCUUGAUGCAGACUAUGUGUUUGAUACCAGCCACGGAUCUACCUCUAUUCCGGACGAUGUGGGUGCCGUUGCCGUACUUGACGGACAAAACCUCAGGCUGACCCCAUUGCGAUUGGCUGGUGUUCCACCCCCAAUGGCGCAUAAUGAGCUAGCUAUGGACUCCAACGCUAUUGAUGUUGCAUUCAGCAAAUCAGGAACCCGCAUUGCUGUCCUAUUCAGCAACAGCUUCGCAGUCUACAUCUGGUCUCUGAAAAGCCGGCCCGUUCCUAUUCCGAUUCUUGAGUCGAGCUACCCAUUACCUGAUGAGCCUGCCAGUCGACCUAGGCAGAUUGCAUUUUUGAAUGAUACCGAGGUCUUUGUGCUCCGAAACACUGGACCAAAUGCUAGCCGCAUUGAGCGGACUAUCUUGGAACGUCGGACGACUGAAGCCGUGUACGAGGCUGCAGACUCCGAGCAAUUAUCAUCGAUAUUUGCCGGAAUUGGACAUGAAGCUCUAUGGUUAUCCCAUGCCUCUCAACCCGGCCGUCCCGUUGGCUACUCGAGUAUUGAAAUGUCAUUAAAUAACCCGGAUAUUGUCCCUUGGGGUGAUAGUCCCAGUGUUGAUAGCCAUUGGGCUCGUGUUGUCUCCAUCUCCGAGGACGAGCGCAUCUUGAUCACUAUGUCAAGAAGUGGUGGCUUGUAUGCAAACAAGCGAGUCCUCGCAAGGAACUGCACAUCUUUCCUCGUGACACCGUCUCAUCUACUGUUCACCACGUCUCAGCAUCUGUUGAAGUUUAUUCAUCUUAACCACGUGGAAGAUAUGGAAAUCCCAGAAGACACACCCGAAAUUGACGAGCGGUGCAGAAGUAUCGAACGCGGCUCCCGCUUGGUUUCUGUGAUGCCGUCAAUCUUUGCAGUUGUGCUCCAAGCUCCCCGUGGAAACAUUGAAACUAUCUUCCCUCGUGCUUUGGUGCUGGCCGGAAUUCGUACCUUUAUUGACCAAAAGAAGUACCGAUCUGCAUUCAUGGCAUGCCGAAGCCAGAUGGUCGAUCUAAACAUCCUUCACGAUUAUGCUCCUGAACAGUUCUUGGCAAAUAUCCCGUUAUUCAUUGAUCAAGUCAAGAAGAUCGAUUAUAUUGAUGACUUCUUGUCCCGUCUGCAGGAAGAGGAUGUUUCACAGACACUCUAUAAGGACACGCUGAAGAUUUCCAAGCACGAGUCUGCGGCUGUCGCACAAGCAGAUGCUCCAGCUCCUUCAUUGCCGGCGUCAGCCAAAAAGGAGAGCAAAAUUAACCAGAUUUGUGAUGCUUUCUUGGCGACUCUCCAAACACGCGUCGAUACCAACUUGCAGAACAUCAUCACGGCCCAUGUUUGCAAAUCUCCGCCAGACUUAGAAGCCGGUCUUGGACUUGCUGCGGGCCUGAGAACACAAAACACCGAGCAGGCUGAAGAUGCCAUCGAGCACAUGUGUUUCUUGACAGAUGCACACCGACUUUACUCUCAUGCUCUGGGAAUUUACGACCUUGAGCUUACUCUCUUGGUUGCCCAACAGGCCCAGAUGGAUCCUCGCGAGUAUCUUCCUUUCCUCCGUAAGCUGCAGCAGCUUCCAGAAACCCGACGUCAAUUUGAGAUCGACAACCAUCUCAGCCGCUUUGGAAAGGCUCUGAAGCAUCUGUACGCUUUGAAUGCCCAUGAUGAAAUUCGCGCAUAUGUCGUCAAGCAUGUCUUGUACAAAGAAGCCCUCGAGCUCUAUAAGUAUCAAGCAGAGCAACUACGUGAAAUCACCGAGCUCUAUGCCGACCAUCUUCAAGACCAGAACCAAUACAAGGAUGCGGCAAUUGCUUACGAAUCUCUUGAACUUUACGAGAGCGCCUACAAGUGCUAUAACCUGGCCCACAAGUGGCGCGAAUCAUUGUACUGCGCAAUGAUGGCCUCUCUUUCCGAGGAGGACCUGACCGCCCAUAUCGAAGGCCUAGCUUCGACUUUGAUCGAUGAGAACAAAGACUACGUCUCAGCAGCCACAAUCUACGCCGAGCACCUGCGCGACUUUGUCACAGCCGCACGGCUGCUCUGCCGAGGCUCAAAGUUCGCUGACGCCGCUCGUCUCCUCACACUGAACGGCAAGCAGAACCUAGUCGCCGAGAUCGUCGACUCCGGUCUGGCUGAAGCAAUGGGCAACAUGACAGACCUUCUAGCCGAUUGCAGAUCCCAACUCAACGCCCAAGUCCCACGCCUCCGCGAACUCCGCCAGCUACGCGCUGCCGACCCUCUCGCUUUCUUCGGUGGUGAUCCCACAGGAGGCGACGCAGGCAUCGACAUCCCUGACAACGUCUCACUGGCACCAACAGAUGCAUCGACGCUUGCUGGCCGCUCCAUGUUCACCCGAUACACAGGCAACACCGGAAAGACCGGCAAGACAGGCAUGACCCGCUACACCUCAAAAACCCGCAGACGGGAAGAGCGCAAGCGGGCCCGUGGUAAGAAGGGAACCGUGUACGAGGAGGAGUACCUGGUUAACAGUAUCCGACGCCUCAUGGAACGCGUCAACUCCAGCGUGACAGAGACCGAAACCCUCGUUGAUGCACUUCUGCGUCGCGGCAUGCGCGAGCGGGCAGCUGCCGUUGAGAAGGCGUUGCUGGAAGUCUCCAUUAUGUGUGCAGAUUGUCGAGACGAGGUCUUUGAAGUCCCCGUCGUGGAGAAAAAGAAGAAUGAGGAUGAGGAUGAGGAUGAGAAUCCCGAUGAGCCUCAUAUUCCACCUAUUUACGGUGGUAGAGGCAGUGGAGUCUUGGCUGAAAGCAUUGCUAUUGUUCAGGGUGGGGGUUCCGCGCGUGUCAAGGAGAUCCCUAUCGUGAAGGAAAUGAAGAAAUCUUCUUUGCUGGCUUGA